CCAGGUAGUAUUAAUUUCGAUUUACUUUUAAUGGAAAGAGCGUUUAAUUUGACAAAUACGUAUAACAAAAGAUGCCCGCGUCACGCUAUGUUUCACUGCUAUACACCCAUUGGCAAGUGUAUAAUUAAUUACAGAAAAAAACGAUGGAGUUAUGGAUUUCUUCUUUGUGAUUUCUAAUUGCAGUUCAAAUAGUUUUCAGGAAAUGAUAUACUGACACUAUCUAAUCAUUUAUUUAAUUAAUUUAUUUAUGGUGUUAGUCAUUGGCUGGUUUUAUUUCUAGAUAUAUAAAAAUGUAAUGAAAAAUUAAGAACAACCGCAGAUCGUUGUAUUUCGUUAACUAGCGAGAUAUCAUUCGAGAAAAAAAACCAACAUUUUAUAUGGCACAUAUUAAUAAUAAAGGAAUUAUUAGUUAAUGUAUAAAAGAGUGAUACUAGUAAACAUUUCAAACCUGAAUUACUUUUUAGAUCAUAUAAAUGACAAUAAUUAUAUACAACUAAACGAAAUACAAAUAAAUCUAUUAUAUCAAUUAAAUUGUUGAAUUGAAUUUGUACCAUUUUUAAUUUUCUUUUCAAUACCUGAGUGCAAUAUAUCGUUUAAGUCCAGUAAAGAUAUUCUAGACAGUUUUUUUGUGUCGGAACAUGAAGCGUCACCAUAUUUUUGACACCGGAUUUUAUUUUUACUCAAUUUUUGCUUUGACAAACGGUGAAACUAAUCUAUUGUUUAAACGGAGAGAAAACGCUGAUGGAAAAUUAUGUAUGGAUAUGGACAGCGUGUUUGAUAAAACACAAAUCUACGAUACAUCUGUCUGUUUAUUUGAAUGUGCAAAAGACUCUGGUUGUAAAAGUGUAUUUCAUGCACGGGAUACUGGUAAUUGCACGGGCUGUGCCGCCAGUUUUGAUAUUUCUACUCAACCAUCAGGACAAGAUGAAGGUUUCAGAUACUAUAUGCAACAGCGCUGUACAGAAGGUUGGAAUAACUUAGCAAAUUCAUGUUACUACAUUACAGAACAAAAUAUGAACGCUAGUCAAGGCUUGGAAACGUGUCAAGCAUUAAAUGCUUACCCUGUUACAGUGGACAGUGAAGAAGAGAACAAUUAUCUGAAAGCGUUAAUUAACUCAAAAUAUACUUAUACAGAUGACGUGCGAGCUUUCUUUAUUGGCUUUACAGACAAUGAAACUGAGGAUGCAUGGGCAAAACACGGAACCAAUGACCAAAUGAUAUUCCAGGAUUGGGGAAUUAGUGAGCCAAAUGGAGAAACGAGAGAAAACUGUGUGGCUUUCUAUUUCCCUUCAGACUUGAAAUGGGUAGAUCUCUCAUGUAGCAUUGAGCUAAGAAUGAUUUGCGAGAUGGAGGCAUUGGCUUGAUACAGAGUAAAGAAUAAUUUUAUACUUGGGCAAUCAUUUGACUCCCAACAUACUUUAUUCAUACCCAAUACACAAUGCAGCAUCAGAAAUUGGCGAUGUUUGUCUUGAAUAUUUCAGAUUAUACGUUGCAAUAUUUGUAAGUUGUAAAUAAGCGAUGAUUUAACAUUGCACUUUGAUGUCAUUUUUAAUGUUGAGCAACAAACAAAAACGGGUAUCACGGUCGGAUACAAAUAUGUAUACAUCAUUCUUAGCAGGGGGCAAAACCACCUCACCUAAGAAAUUUAUAGACUCCAGUAA